AACGAACUUUAAUGUAGGUCGGCUUUUAAAUUCAGGCACUUCAUCAGAUGUUUUCCCUGAUAUAUAAUCUUUCACAUGACCUUGCACAAGAACCUUGGACUGCCAACAACCAUUGAGUUGCCCGUUGUCUCGUUGCCGUCCACCUCCCGCAAAGCAUUGGAGAGGACAGUCGCCUCCCCUUUCCCUACCAUGGCUGAACCGAAUCCGAACACCGGCUUCAUCGCGGCGAUUUUGAAGCUUGAAGGAAUUGAACGAGUCAAGAGGCAUAUAGAGCUGUAUGCUGAGUUGGAAAGGGACGCCGACACGCCUGAAUGGAUGGCCACCCUGCUGCCUCACAUCUCAGUGCAAUCCCACUCGGCUUCCAUGCCGCAGCCGCGCGUCACGUUCCGCUUCACCGUACAACCCACCCACAGCAACGGUCAUGGCAACAUGCAUGGCGGGUGCACAGCAACGCUAUUUGACUUUCUCACUACGCUUCCUCUGCACCUUAUUUCUAAGCCGGGCUUCUGGCAGUUUCUCGGCGUGAGCCGCACGUUGAACUGCACAUACCUCCGUCCGGUACCGGUGGGCUCUGUUGUGGACAUUGAGUGUGAGAUCUUGCAAGUCGGGAAGAAACUGAUGACUGCUAAGGGGAUUAUGAGAAGCGUCGAGAAGGAUGGGACGGUCGGGCCAAUCUUGGUGGUUUGUGAACAUGGCAAGGUCAGUACGGACCCGCCAGUAAGCGGGACGCUUUAGCCUAGGGACUAUUAUAUGAUCAUAGUUAGUUGUAGUAGCACACGGUAUGCAAGAAUUGAAUGGUGU